AGGGCAACAGGUGGCCACCUGUCUGUAUACAUACACACAUGCAUAGGCUGACAUACAUUCACAUAAACACAUACAUACAUACAUACGCACAUUUAAAGUUAUGCAAGUACAGGUGUAUCAAGGAUUAAUUAAAUCCACCUGUGUAAAUUUUUAAAUAUCUACUGUUCUUAUUUCCCUUAUGUAAUAUUAGCCAUGGCAUUUUUAUGUCCCGCGAAAUUGAAAAAGUCAAAAAAGAAGAAAGAAUUUGAUCAGUAUCCUUUACGCCGAAAUUUAACAGGAAGCGCAAGUCUUGACACUUUGACUCAAGUUGGUUUAGCCAAGAAAGACGGUCUCGAUCCUGAAGCUCGCUUAAUAGUCAUUCAAGAUUUUGUUGCUUGUGUUGAUGACGAAGUUUCUGUGAAGAAAGGAGAUAUAGUCUACAGUCUUUACAGAGAUAAUGAUUGGUUGUAUAUACUUUGCGAUAAUGGUAAAGAAGGCUUUGUUCCCAUAUCGUACACCACACAAGCAAUACGUAAGCAGCAGCGUACAGUUGAAAAUGACAUCAAACAGAAUACACUAGAGAAGGAUUCUCAUAACAAUUCAGGAGAAAGUUAUAUCAGUUAUCAAGAGGCCAGUAUAUUCCAGAAACGAGACUGUGGGAAAUUCUUGGUAGUCUAUAAUUUUGAUGCUGUGAAUGACAAUGACAUCACAGUUGAAAGUGGGGAUAUUAUUACUGUACUAAAUGUCGAUGAUCCAAACUGGUUUUGGAUUAUAAAAAACUGCAAACAAGAAGGAUUUAUUCCAGCUUCUUACUUAGUGCCUAUAAUUCAUACUGAUCCAACAGGAAAAGGUGUUUAACUAGAGUAUUAAUACCUCUUGAAUUUUUUGUGGGGUUUAUGAACAAAAUUUUUCACACAGAGAGAAUGACAUUAUAUGUCUCUGGACAUGAAAAAAUUAAUAUAUGUUAAUGCAUGCCGUGAGAACACUACAACCAAAUGCAAUAAACUCUUUGGGAUUUUCGACUCUGCAUGGCUAUCAUCACUCAGAAAUGAGUAUAAGUGUAUUGAGUUGACAAGAGUAUUGGAAUCCUGUGCAAAAUAAGAGUUUAUGAGUUCAAUCUCAGCUUGGAAAUAUGAUGAACAGAAGUAAAACUAUUUGAAAUUUAGUUUUACAAAACAGAAAAGAUGAAUUUAAUGGUCUCUGAAUUCAAGAUGUCAACAUAUAAUUGUAUAUCUGGAUAGGAUGAGGAAACCAUGGAAUUUCUCUUUUAAAGAAUUUGUCUUUCAUAAACUUGAAUUUGUAAAUUGUUACUGAUCAAAAACAACAUCUCUUUAAUGAACAUAUAUUUAUGUUUAGUUCAAAAAGAAAUUUUUAAUUGAAUACCUCUGUACACACAAACUUAGCUGGGGAAAUGACAACAUGUGAUAUCUCUGCAGGGCAUUAUCCAUAUAAUAAAAUGAAAUAGUUAUAAGGGAAUCAAAAUUGGGUCACUAACUUGGCUUACCAGAAUCUGUCUUGAGCUGCUAAAGGGUCAGCUCCCCGUCCACUUUAUUUUUCAUUUACUUGCUUGGUCUGCAGAAAAGGGCAGUGCUCAUGGCCUUUGCAAACUCUCCUAGACUAGUGAGACUGAUGCCAUUUGAUAGUCCUCUUGCAACUUUGAAGGCCUGCAAGAAAGACUGGCUGCUCAUAGACCAUAGGUCUGUUUGAUCGUAAUUCACCUGUGGCUAAAUAAAAACAUUCAAUUUUAAAGUGAUCUGUUCAGAACUGGUGUCAUCAUUUAAUGUGCAUUCCAUGCUGGCAUGGGUUGGACAGUUUGACAGGAUCUCGUGUUCAAGGACGACAUCAUACUCCAGUGUCAUUUUUUAGCCAUGGUUUCUAUGGCUGGAUGCCCUUCCUAAUGCCAAUCACUUUACAGCAUAGACUGGGUGCUUUCUUUGUACUACCUGCCCUACUGGAGUCACCAUGCAGCUUGCUGAGCUGGAGGUGGGGAGGUUAGCAUCCUGCAAGUGAAUGAGAGAUUGAACUAUGAGAAGGGGAAGUAGUGCAGGCUCUUGUUUAGAAUCUGCAUGCUUACUUCUUGUAGGAGAAAGGAAGAGAAAAUGAACAGUAGAAACUGCAAGAGAUAAUGAGCAAUGAGGUAGGGGCCAUCUAGGAGAUGGCCCCUACAAGGCACAAGGUGAGCUGGAGAAUCAGUUUGCUAGAUUGUAUGUCUUUGGUAUUAAUUAAACUGAAUGAGAAUGGGAUCGAAAGAUGUGAUGGAGCAUCAAAGCAAACAUCUUUUAGUAUUUAUUUUUGUCUAUUUCAAUAUAUAUUCUUAGUCCAAAUCUCACAAGCAUUGUAUCCUUUACCUUUGUAAACACUGGUAAUUAGUCAAAAGAACAAUAAUUAGCCAUACUGUUAAACAUACUAGGCAAGUGUUGAGCUGCUUGCUACUUCCUUUUCUAUUGUUCAAACCUUUAAAAUGUUUAGAUUUUUUGGUUUGGUCUGAAGGAGUUGUAUCCACAGCAUUUGCAGAAUGAUGUUCUGGAAUGACCUGCAGCUAAAACAUUAGUAGGGACAUUCCAACAAGGGGGCUUCUACAUGGUCAUUUUGACUUGUGAGAACUUUUGUGUUGCAUGUCGUUUCAGUACAACUUUUUUCUCCUCUCCAAAAGCUCUGGUUUCUGAUGCCGUUGUGUAAUCCAGUUCACUUCUGUGAUAUGUGAGCACAAUAUUUUUGAUUUUGUAAUAUUACUUUACCCUUUAAAACUUUGGUUACAAAAUUCGUAAUGCAUUACUUACCUUCAAUAUCAGAUUAUUGGCCAGCUCUGAAAACUUGUUUGCAACUUCUGUGAAGAAAUUUCAUCCUAUUUCGUGUCAUAUACACAGGAAACCUUUAUCUCGGGUUUUUAAUUCUGCUUAACCUAAAUCAGUGCCAUUGCAAUACUUGAUAAACUUUGCUACACAAGUUAAAUGUGUUGUGAACAUGGCAUGGCUAAAUGAUUAACAAGUUUACUUCAUAAUCAAAAAAAUCCCCCAUUCAAGCCUACUGCAUAGCAUGUUUUAUAAUAGCCUUGAGUCAACCCAGUCCAUGUGAAAGUAAGUUGAAGGAAAUUGUGCGAGACUUUUAGAUGGCAUGUUCAUGCAAAUCAGUGGUUCUGAAACCAAUUUUUUGCCUAUGAGCUUGUAUCAAAGAUGGCAGUUGUCUCUUGUAACCUGUUUGUUUUGAAGUGAUAAGUGUUUUAUUCAAGAACACAAUGCAUCACCUACUCCAAGAAUUGAAUCCAUGAUCCUGUGAUUGAGUGCAAAAUCCUAAUCAUGAUGCCAUUUUCCCUCAGCAGAACCAGACGUUUCAUCCAUAACCAUCUCAUUUACUUUUUUGAAAAGAAAUGAUUUUAGGGAAAUUUGGCUGUUAUUUGUAGCAGGUAAAACUAGUUAAGACUCUCUCUUGUAGACUUGUCUUUUAACCUUAUAUCAAAGCUCUUCAAGUAGGUCUAUGAUCAAAAGCAUUCCAAUUGUGACCAUCCCGUUUGUUAUUGGGUGUCUAGGAUCACAUUCUCCAGUGUGUGCAAGUGUUUUUUAAUACAGUAGAAAUUGGAUCUAUUUCUUGCAAGUUAAGCAUCUUCAGGAUCUUUCAUGUCAUCACAGUUGAAUGGGAUGGUCGUCAUGACUUCAAAGCUUUACCCUUGAAUAAACUUUACAAUAUUUUGA